AUGUCGACGUCGUCCUCCUUCGCGAACCCGACACGCCUGUACCGCGCCGUCAAUAGCUCGACCUACUCGUCCUGGCCCCGCGACCUUGCCGGCACCCCAGCCAACGACCCUGCUCCUGAUGAACCACACUCAGCCACCAUGUCCCGCCCCGGUCCCAACGAAUCCUUUACACUGUCGCGAACAGAGGCCUCCAUCACCGCGCUUGCCCCCGCCGCCGACCCUGACUCUGCCAAGAAACGCCGCCGAGAACCCGACUGGAACGAAUUCUAUCGCAAUGGCCUUCCCAAAGAAAUCAUAGUCAUCGGAGACAGCCCAGAGCCAACGGCCAACAUCGGCCGUAAGCUUGCAAACAGGAGGAGAAAGGAUGAUGCCGUUGCACCUUCUCACGUCGAUUACGUGGCUUCCCAUGCCACGCCUUUGCAGAGUAGCCACCCAAACGACGUCAACAUCUCUAGCGAACGCACCAGUGCGACCUUGAAUACGACUGCCCCUACCUCUCUUUCCUCGAACAGCCAGCGCGACGAGGCAGCCCCCUCUUUUGAGCACAGGCGGACGACUCGCCGGCGGACCGCUGCCGAGGCAAAGCGGAAGGCUCUAGACAAGGCCAGAGCUUCCUUUCUGACUUACGAGCCUCCUCCGAAUCCGCCCAAAAAGGUGUCCAACGUGCACGUUCGGGUCAUCCAAGACCACCUCCACCAAAAGGAUGUUUCAAAAGUGGAUGACGAUGACGGCCACUACAUCGUUAUCCCCGAUGCAAAGCUUACCGAGAAGUAUGAGAUAAAUCGUCUGCUAGGCCAGGGAACGUUCGGCAAGGUCGUCGAAGCCCGCGAUCGAGCGCGGAACAAGGCCGUGGCUGUCAAGAUCAUCCGUUCUGUCCAAAAGUACCGCGACGCCUCGAGAAUUGAACUGCGGGUCCUGGCCACUCUCAAGGCCAACGAUGAACGCAACAGGAAUCAAUGCAUUCAUCUGCGAGACUGUUUCGACUACCGAGGACAUAUUUGCAUCGUUACCGACCUGCUGGGAAAAAGCGUUUUUGAUUUUCUCAAGGGAAAUAGCUUCGUCCCCUUUCCCAACAGCCAUAUACAACACUUCGCGCGACAGCUCUUCACCAGUGUGGCAUUCUUGCACGACCUUAAUCUCAUCCAUACCGAUCUCAAGCCCGAAAAUAUCCUGCUUUUGGACGACUCCUACCAGACCUUUACCGAGAUCCGGCUAAUCGACUUUGGCUCCGCCACAUUCCAAGACGAGUACCACUCAUCGGUUGUGUCAACCCGUCACUACCGCGCGCCAGAGAUCAUUCUGGGGCUCGGCUGGUCAUUUCCAUGCGAUAUCUGGAGCAUCGGGAUUGACACUCACCUGGUUCAAGAAGUCAACAAGCUACACGCCAGGAGCUCGGGAAGCGGGCCGAGAUACUUCAAACGGCUGAAGCUUGAUUAUCCUACUUCCGAGACGACGCGCGGGUCUCGUCGCUUUGUGAAUGCGAUGAAGAAAUUGCAGGAUAUUGUCCCUCCCAACAACGCGUUUCUGAAGCAUUUCCUCGACCUUCUGAAGAGGAUAUUCGUGUACGAUUAUUCACAACGCAUCACCGCCAAGCAGGCUCUAAACCAUCCCUGGUUCAGAGAGGUGGCUCAGUCCGAUGACGGAACCGAGGCGGCCAAGAUCCGGAUGGAAAAAGAACGGCUCGAGCAAGCAACCGGGCGACAUACACACGGCGUCCCAUGA